UUCUAGAAGUGUUGAGCUACCAAAUAUGGAGGUGAAGGUGUUGAACUACUUUUAACGGGUACAUAGGAAACAGGAGUCCAAGUGUUGAGCUACCAAAAUUUAUAUUUUGGUGGCACGAUCGAGCUCCAUGCCUCCAAAUGGUAAGGACACAUUGUACCAGAGCUUGCCACCUGGUGUAAAAUCAGCUCUACGUUCCAAACUGCAAUCGUUUAAUGUCAAAGAUGAGCUUACCAUCACAGAAAUUAAAGAAACGAUGGAGAAGACACUGCAGUGGCUGGUUCCACUGUCCACUAACACAGCCAAAGUGCAUCACGGUUUUGGCUGGGUUGGAGAGUGGGCAAGUUCCGGGUCUGAGGCCAACAGAAAACCUGCUGCUGGAGCAGCUGAUAUAAUCCAGAUUGAAACACUCCACCAUGCGGACAAGGAGAAAACAGAAGCCUAUAUUCUUGAACAACUAUUAUGGCUUCACCAUCUUGUCAGCAAAACCAAGAGUGUUUCUAGUGGUGUUAGCAUAAAAUCUCAUGCCAAGUCUGCAAUUGGCACACAGGGUCAGAAGUCGAAUCAGAAACAAGAGCAAGAGUCACCCAAUGCAGCUGACUUGCCUGACGCUGUAAUAUCCAAUGCACCACCACCAACUACCGAAGACCAAAAAAUAUUGCAGGACGCAAGCGAGGAAAACCAGAUAGAAGAAAAUAGUAAGAGCCAGGACAUCAACUCAGUGGAUACCAAGUUGAGAGAAGAUGGUGGGCUGAGUACAACUAACAACAAUUCCCCAAGAAGGAAAAGCGAGGACUCAGCUACUGUAAAAAAUGUACCUUCUGCGCUUCCCAUCAGUGAUAUUGAUAUUGACAAGGAGGAAGAAUUGGAUAAGAUUGACGGAGUUGAUGUGCUCAGAUACAAGGGAAAGCCUGGACUUGUUACUGCCAAAACUUGAAAAACCUUCUUUCUUUGGUUCCACCAUUGGCUUAUGGGAUGACAAGGAGAAACGAUCGGAUGUUAAUAGUAGAGUUGAUGUGCUCAGAUAACUUAUUGAAUGAUAUACAUGAUAUUGAGUGACAAGAAAAUUCUAGUAAUUUAUAGACUGGGAAAGCCAUGUUGUCCUUAUGCAUUUGGGCUAAGCCUGGCUGCAUGUACAGGCAUUACAGGUUCUGUAAUGAUGGACAGAAUCACAGUUUAUACACUACUAUAUAUACUGAAAGCAUGCCGUACUUGGACCACAGGUCCUGUGGAACUGAAAUUUAAAAAAUUUGCCUUGGAUUCUGGUGUA